AUGUCUCCUUCCACUCUACCCGUUGCUAUGAGCAGCAACGGCUCGACAAAAUCGGAUGAAAAUCGAAAUGGAAUCGACGAGAUGAAGCAGAAGCUGAAAGUACAGACUGGGCUGCAAAGCGUGAACGACGCCACUUAUUCCAAUCAAGCCAUGGGCGCCGACGACAUCUCCAGGCUCUUUUCCGACAACGCGAUUCUAAAAAUUUGGAAAACUGCUGUCGAGCAUCUGACGCGCGAGGACCCUCCGCAGUCGUUCCCCGAAACAUGCCCCCAGACGGGCCCUAAAGCUGGGCAGUACCUAUACCGCGACGCCGAGUUCUGGACCUGCGGCUUCUUUCCCGGAAGUGUGUACUGUUUACUUGAGCGAUCGAUCCGCUACCCUCAGGCUUUCAUGGUCGAACAAGGUAGCGAUGCGGAUUUGCGAGAGCGCCUGAGAUCCGAGCUGCUCACGGUCUGUCGGCGGUGGGCCGAGCCACUACACGAAAUGUCGAACCGCAAAGACACGCAUGACAUUGGGUUUAUCGUCGAACCUGCGCUACGACGAGACUUUGAAUUAACGGGGGACAUGCGCAGUCUCAAGUCCAUUGUCAACGCUGCCGAUAGUCUGGCUAGCCGGUACAGCGAGACGACCCAAGCGAUUCGCAGCUGGGACCGAUUCGUUAACAACGGCAACAAUUUCGUUGACCAAGAAUCGGAAUUUUUGGUAAUUAUUGACAGCAUGUGCAAUUUAGAUCUGCUUUACUAUGCCGGCCAUCACGCCUCGUCGCAGCGACUGAUUGACAUUGCCACCACCCACGCGCACACCAUCCGCGAGACGCAUCUGCGUCCCGAGCCAAGCGCUCCAGGGGCCAAAUACCCUACCUUUUCAACAUGCCACGUAGCCAACAUGUGUCCAAAGACCGGCAACAUCCUCCAGCGCCUCACCGCGCAGGGCUACUCCGACACCUCGACCUGGUCGCGCGGGCAGGCGUGGGCCAUUUUGGGCUUUGCGCAGACUUACACGUGGACCAAGGACGAGACAUUUUUGCGCACGGCCUGCGGCCUGGCUGAUUACUUCAUUCUCCGACUUGCUUCGGCGCCGAGCUGUGUCGACCAGACACAGAACGGCGUCCGCGCAGGGAGACAUGUCCCGCUGUGGGAUUUCGACGCCCCGGUGGACGAGGACAGCCCGCUGCGGGAUACGUCGGCGGCCAUGAUUGCGGCCAACGGCAUGCUCCUGAUAGCCAACUCGGUCGUCACCACGGGCGAUUUUGAGCUUUUUGAGAAGUACUACAAGGCCGCCAUGGCAAUUGUCACAGAGACGAUUGCCCUGUGCUACGCGCAGGAUAAGCUCAAUCUCGUCAGACAAGAGAACGGCGUCGGAUCCGUCAGCGUUGUGGCGAGACAAUCGCCCGAUUGUGCUGCGGACUCGUUUGAGUGCAUUUUGAAAUGCGCGACUGCAAAUUUCAACGAGAAUUGGACGGACAAAUAUGCGGACCACGGAUUGGUCUAUGCAGACUACUAUCUGCUGGAAUUUGGCAAUAGAUUACUGCAGUUUGGCUAUGCGUAG